GUAAGUUUCAGGAUAAACGAGUACCGACAAUCUGUGGGCAUUUGUAAAUAAGCGACUUUACUCGCUCUACACCGCUGAGACUUACACAGAAAGCAAGUCCCCUGCAACGGGGAAGCGCUCUCUUUUUGCGACGUCUCUACAUUAUAUUGUGUUUCAAUCAAACACCACAAGCAGUUAUAUUUUUUAACCUGACGGCUUGACAGUAGUUGUUUGCUGCAACACUUUGUGUGAAACGAAAUUAUUUUAUUCAAUAAGUCUCAAAGGUAUAGCUGUUUAUAGAUUGAUAGUUGGAAAGCAGCGUGAGUGUGUGUGACCUUGACACACACUCACAAAAUAUGGCUGAUAAAUGGCCCAACACGAAGGAUGCUUUUGAGCUGAGAGAUGUUAUCGGUGCAGGAGCUACUGCAGUGGUGCAAGCCGCGUAUUGCCGCCCCAGGAAUGAAAAGAUUGCCAUCAAACGUAUCAAUUUAGAAAAAUGCAAUACAUCUUUAGAAGAAUUGCUGAAAGAAAUUCAGGCUAUGAGCCACUGUAAACACGAGAAUGUGGUUGCCUAUUACACAUCAUUUGUAGUGAAAGAAGAACUGUGGGUUGUUAUGAAGUUGUGUGGAGGUUCAAUGUUAGAUAUAAUUAAGAAUCGUAUGAAGUCAGCCAGCUGUAAAAAUGGAGUGCUUGAUGAAGUUUCUAUUGCCACUGUAAUGAAGGAGGUUUUGAAAGGUUUGGAUUAUUUCCAUAACAAUGGACAAAUACAUCGGGACAUAAAGGCUGGUAACGUGUUACUGGGAACAGAUGGUUCUGUUUACAUUGCAGAUUUUGGUGUUAGUGCAUGGCUUGCUACUGGGAAAGAUCUGUCUCGAGAUUCAGUACGACAUACGUUUGUUGGAACUCCGUGUUGGAUGGCUCCUGAAGUAAUGGAACAGGUAACUGGAUAUGAUUUCAAAGCUGACAUUUGGAGUUUUGGCAUAACAGCAAUAGAACUGGCCACUGGUACGGCACCUUACCACAAGUUUCCUCCUAUGAAGGUUUUAAUGCUGACAUUACAGAAUGACUCACCAACAUUAGACACUGGUGCACAAGAUAAAGACCAAUAUAAGAAUUAUAGCAAAGUUUUCCGAAAAAUGAUAAAUGAUUGUUUAAGGAAAGAUCCUGAAAAGAGGCCAACUGCUAAACAACUUUUGAAACAUGAAUUCUUCAAAAAGGCAAAGGAUAAAGCCUAUUUAGCCAAGUUGGCAGAAUCAUGUAAUGUCAAAUCCCAGAAGGUGAAGCGAGUGCCUGGAUCUAGCGGUCGGUUACACAAGACAGAGGAUGGCGCUUGGGAGUGGUCUGAUGAUGAAAUGGACGUGAACUCUGAGGAGGGUCAGGCAGCAUUUACAUCUCACAGGUCCCCUCGAGUGCUGAAUAACGUUGAGAAAGAAGGGGAUGCAUCGCAGCCCUCAACGUCAGAGGCCUCUGAUCCUGCACGAACCACAACAACAUCUGCUUCUUCAUCAGCUUCCCCUGCAGUGACAUCUAACACCAAUGACACUCAGGUGCCCAAUAAUACUAGUCCAAGCGAACCUACCAGUUCUGACACCCCACAGACCAUGCCCCGGUCACAGCAGUCUCCGCAACCAUUGAUGGAAGAUGCUAAAGUUCCUGCACCAUCUUCAGGUACUGUGCCGCCACAGGCUGAUGCUACCACAACCAGUAAACAGCUAAGUGCUGCUUCUUCAGCUGCAUCAACAACACCAAUGUCAUCAACGGAAUCACCGAUGCCAACUAAUAGUGCAGCUGAAAAUUCAAAGGAUCAGGAAGCUGCUGUAUCGCCGUCACCAGCGACAUCAUCAUUGCCCCAAGCUUCAUCAGCUAUCCCUUCUACAGGUCAACUCCCCAAUGAGCACUCUUCUUUGCUGAAAACUGUGACUGAUAUGGCAGCAGGCAACCAAAAUCUAGAUAAAAAUGCUGGCGCUCUGACUACUACUAAUACUACUGUUACUGCUACGUCUCAUACUACUGGCACUGCUACCACUGCCAUCUCCCCAGAUGACAGUGUUGCGGCUAAUGCAACCAGUCAAAGCACUCCUUCCUCUGCAGUUAAACAGUUACCCCAAUCUGGAUUACCAGCUGGGGAAACUUCAUCGCAGAAACCAGUAGAGGUACCAAUUGGACUGGUCUUGCGAUUAAGAAAUGAGAAAAGAGUUCUAAAUGACAUCAAAUUUGAUUUUACGCCAGGACAAGAUACAUCAGAUAGUGUCUCCAGAGAACUAGUUGAAGCUGGUCUUGUUGAUGGUCGUGAUUUAAUUGUUGUUGCUGCUAAUUUGCAGAAAGUGUUGGAUAACCCGACUGAAAAUAAAAACAUUACUUUUGCUUUGAAUUCCGGAUUUGGACCCACUGAAGCACCUGAUGAUAAAUCCCUGGUAGGAUUUGCGCAAUUGACGAUAAACGACUUAGCGGGCAACAGCUCCCUCUAACCCUGGCUUCUGAUUUAGGAAUUCUGUGAUAAUCUGUUUUAACUUAAAAAUUAUUCUCUAACUAUAUAAGGGAGAAAGAAACAAAGAGAUUGGGUUUGGUGGGGUAGGGAGGUUGGUGUUAUUGUAUUGAAUAAAUUUAGAUUUUUAAAGCACAACAGAUACAUGUGUAUACACACACACCUACACACUUGAGACACGUACACAAACACUCAUACACACACACAUUUGAGACAUGCACAGACACUCGUAUAUAUAUACAUACACAUGACUCUAUUACAGAUAUGAGACUGGAAUAAAUUUAAUAAUUAAAAAAAUUAUAAAAUUUCAAGUUUAAAGCCAAUAACUAUAACAUCAAAAAUAGCAAUAAUAUGGAAAAAUAAUGAUGAUGAUUAUGAAAAAAUGAUGAUUAAUUACAAUUUUGAUGAUGAUUAUAAUAAAGAAAUGAUAAUUAUAGUACAAUGACUUAUUAUGUAAGCCAUAUUUAAUUGGUCUGUUAAUAUGAUGUCAAUGAUGAUGAUGAUGAUAAUGGCCAAAGCUGGAAGUUAAAUAUUGUAGCUACCUUGUUAAAUAAGUUUUGCUGUUGGGAUGAUAAAUGUGUGUUUGUGUUUGAUGCCUAGAAAACUACUACUGCUGUUGUUGCUCCUAAUAAUAAUAAUAAUAAUAAUAAUAAUUUAGACAUAUGGCCUGCAAUUUUGAGAGAAGAGGUAACUUAUUACUAUUGAUUCCAGGCAGAAAAGAAACUGUUACAUAGAUUGAAAUGAAGUAACGAGAAGCAAGCGCUGCAUGCAAGUGAGCAAAUCCAUUCAUAGGCAUAACAUUUUCAUUCACAUAAUGUGUGUAUGUGUACGUGCAUGUAUGUACUGCAUGAGACAAACAGAUUACACAGCCCAAAUCACAGCUUAAUUUGGUUAAUUAAACAUCAUACACGUUUGCAAGAUUGAAAUUAAUGAAAUUAUAUUAAACAAUGUUGACUAACAAUUGUUUGUUAUAAAUGCUGCAGGGUGAGUGCAGUGGUGGUGGUUUAUUUGAAGUUCUCAAGGAAGAAGAAUUUGGUUGUGUGUUCCAUCUUCUCUACUCAUCCAUCUUCUGCACCAGGUAUUCCUAGGAGGAUUUUGAGAGUAAAGUCUUCAGGCACCUCUUCCACAGGGUCCUAUCAGAAGUGACUGUCAUUAGAUUUUCUGGCUGGAUUACCAUGCAUGACCAACUGAGGCCAUAUAUACUAUCUAUUGCAGAGAUGUAGUGACCUGACCUUUGAGAGACUCCCUGAUUUCUUUUUUAUGUUUCCUGUCAAGUAACCUUAUUCCAGAUAUCUUUUGAAGGAGCCCCAUGUGUUGUCUAGUCAAAAUUAGUUGAAUAAAAACCUUAAAAAGAGAGCAAAAGAAAAAAAACUUAAUUGCAAAGAGUGAAGUAAAUUUAACUUCCUGAUUCAUACUCAAAUUCUUCCUUGAGUGUUUUAAAUGUCUUCUUCCUUUUCUCUCUCUGUACAUGAUAGACAAUGACAAUCUACUGCUUAGAGUUGUUUCAUUAGUUUUAAACCCCACUGAUGAGUAUAAUCAGUUGAUCAAAUAUAUCUACAGCUAGAAUCUGUUUAUCUCAAAUAUAAUUACAUAUACAUAUACAAGACUGGACACACUCCUAAUUGUAUUGAAUACUUUUGCCUGCUUGCACUACACUAUGUGCAUGUGUGGAUGUAUAUGUGAGUGUGUCUAUUACAUGCAUGCAUGUGUAUGGCAUUUACACAGUUUGUUCAAGUCCUUAUUUUAAAGAAGAUUUAAGAACAACGAUUGAACUGAUGGGGGACUCAAUACUGAAAGUAGACUCAAAUUUAUAAAAUUCAUCUUGAGUGGAUCUCUUUAAAUUUUCAUCUGACUGGAUAAGCAUUCAAGUGAAAUUUGAUGUUCCUGGUGAAAACAAAUUUACAAUAUAAUAUAUAUAUAUAUAUAUAUAUAUAUAUAUAUACACACACACACACACACACACACACACACACAAUCACAAUCUGUAGCAAGAAGAGUUAAUUGUAACUUUGGCAGUUCUUAUGAUGAUGCAAAGCCACUAAAGGUAUUUGUGUGACUGGGAGUAGUAUGUAUAACAACAGUAAUGAUAUCCAUAGUGAAUAAGUUUGAUUGUGGUGGUAUCCAGACUGUACAGUGGCAGUGUAUGACUAGGAAGAGCAUCCAUCUGUUAGAACUAAUUGCUUCAACUAAUACCACUGGUUGUCAUGAAAAAACUUAUGUAUAUCACAUACAUACAAACAUCUUGUCAAAUGGUACAAUGUAACAUUAUGUUUUGGUCUGGUUACUUGUUCCUUUUUCUCAAACAAUUUAGAAGUCUGAUUCUCAUCUAGCAUGCUUACUUUCCUACCCCUCUUUGUUUUUUUCUUUAUAAUCCUUAAUUAUAUUUGACCCAAGCAUUUAAUUUCUAUUAAUUUUUAUUAUAAUUGUUAAAAUACAAUCACCAGUCCCAGCAUUUUAAGUUUAGGCAAUAGAUGUUUAGCAAGAGAAUAUGUGAAACUGAAUUUGAUGAGACGGGGGUGUUGUUAGCUAGACACUUUUCAUAGUUUAGAUAAUAUACACUUAACUUGGUAUAUCUAGAUACAUGCUCUGACUUUUUAUAUUUAAGUUUUAAAGCAGUAAUGGUACUUAUUAUUCUGAGUCACCAAUUUGUUUUUGUACUAAAAACUAGUUUCACUGUGUCAAGGUAUUUCUGUUAAACCAUUGUAUCUUUGUUAAGACUGUAAUAAAAUCUAUGAUUCACUGAAAAACUACCCUGUAAUAAACAAACACAGACACACUACAUACAGAUGAUUUAUGUAUUAUAAAGUAAUCUUUAAUUUCUAAAAAGAAAAGGAAAGAAAUGAAAUAUGGAAAAGAAAAAAUGAAAUAUAAAAUAAAAAAUU